GGUGUUGCUGCCUCAGUCUUGGGUCAUUCUCUCCAGCUAUCAGUGCCAACAUCGUCAGUAUGAGUCGCAUCACAAUCGCCUGCCGCUCUUGUAGUAAUUGUUUGCUUCCUGCAACUAUCAGAAGCCAACCCUCAACAUGGCUUCCCUGGCAGCAGAUACCCGGGUAUUGGUGGCUUUAUUGGAAGACUUCCAGGAGGUGGAAGCAUCGGGGGUAGAUUUCCUGGCAGUGGAGGCAUCAUUGGUGGGGGCAGAUUUCCAGGUGGUGGACACCAUGGACAUCAUGGACAUCAUGGACAUCACGGAUAAACCCAGAGGAGACCUUGGUAGUCAAGGUGGUAAUGAAGUCGGUGGCUUUAAAGGAUGGUAUUGCGGUUCAAGAAACUAUGCCAACUCAGAACCUUUACUGAGUUUGUUAGAGCAGACAUUCAGUCGAGAAUGUUUCACGUCAGAGAGCUUCCCCGACUUGGUGCUGAUCAACAACGAACUGUUCACCAGCAGUCCUGGUGCUGCAGAGGGUAAUAAGAUCAGCACUGCUGCUGCAGAUGAUGAUGAUAUGAUAAUGAUGAUGAUGAUGAUGAUGAUGCUCUUUCCAGCGCAAAUUCAGUUCAGAAUAAGCCACGAUUAAGCCACAACCAUUACCAAGUCCUACGACCUCUGGAGCACAGGGCAAAUUUACUUUACAAAUGGAAGAAACAAUCUAGCAAAUCAAGGAAAAUACAACAGCUCUACAAGUCAGUUUGAGCCUUGUUUCCAACAGCUUUCUCUUCAGAGAUGAACCUCCACUUUAAAUUAUCUCUGUAUAUCUCUGUAUAAUUGGAUGAGUUGAAUACAUACAAAUAAAUAUUUGUUUUCAAUAUGUCUUUUGAUGUACCUACUUGUCAACUGCACUACUGGUACAGUGUACAAUCAUUAAAUUGACAACAAAAUUUUUGGGAAAUUUUCGCGAUUUUGCUGAAGAUCGAGAAAUUA